CAAAUGUGUUCUGUGCGGUUCUGUGCACACAAUUCAUGUACAAAGUCACGUUUACUCACCCACAGAUUCUUGAUUGCAUACAACGAGUGUAAUGACUACACCAGAGGAAAGCACUCUAGUAAUUGUUACAAUUUACUUCGACAGUUGUGUGUUUAGAGUUGUUUCGUGCCAUAUUGAGCUCCUCUACAGCUGUGGAGCGGCUCUGGACGGAUUCCAGCUUUCGUCCGCGCCAUCAUUCCAUCAUCAUUUACUGCACCAGACGACAGUGUUACCAUGAGGGAAAUAGUCCACGUUCAGGCUGGCCAAUGUGGCAAUCAGAUAGGAUCUAAGUUCUGGGAGGUUAUUUCGGACGAGCACGGCCUGGAUCCAACAGGGAAUUAUCAUGGAGAUUCAGAUCUGCAGCUGGAGAGAAUCAACGUUUAUUUUAAUGAAGCCAGUGGGAGUAAGUAUGUACCCCGAGCAGUGCUCCUGGACUUGGAACCUGCCACCAUGGAUGCAGUCAGAUCUGGACCAUAUGGCGAACUUUUCCGUCCGGACAAUUUUGUUUUUGGACAUUCCGGCGCCGGGAACAACUGGGCGAAAGGACACUACACCGAGGGAGCGGAAUUAGUGGACACUGUCUUGGACGUUUUAAGGAGAGAAGCAGAAGCCUGCGAUUGUCUUCAAGGCUUUCAGAUGGCUCAUAGCCUAGGGGGUGGGACGGGGUCUGGUAUGGGAACUCUCCUCAUUAGCAAAAUGAAAGAGGAAUAUCCUGAUAGAAUCAUGGCCACCUUUUCCGUUUUACCUUCACCAAAGGUUUCAGACGCGGUGGUGGAACCGUAUAACGCCACGUUGUCUGUACACCAACUGGUCGAAAACACGGACGAAACAUUCUGCAUUGAUAACGAGGCGCUUUAUGAUAUAUGUUUCCGGACCCUAAAAUUGGCCACGCCCACAUACGGAGAUCUUAAUCACCUUAUUUCAGCAACUAUGUCUGGCGUAACAACAUGUGUCCGGUUUCCUGGACAGCUUAAUGCGGACUUACGAAAACUUGCCGUAAAUAUGGUGCCAUUUCCUAGACUACAUUUCUUUAUAACGGGGUUUACCCCUUUAACAUCCAGAGGGUGUCAACAAUAUCGGACAAUUUCUGUUCCUGAGCUCACACAACAAAUGUUCGAUUCCAAAAACAUGAUGGCCGCCUGCGAUCCACGACACGGACGAUAUCUUACAGUGGCUGCCAUGUUUAGAGGUCGAAUGUCGAUGAAAGAAGUUGAUGAACAGAUGUUAAACGUCCAAAACAAAAACAGUUCAUAUUUUGUUGAAUGGAUUCCAAAUAAUGUAAAAAUUGCGGUCUGUGACAUUCCACCUCGAGGAUUGAAAAUGUCUGCAACUUUUGUUGGAAAUUCAACUUCAAUUCAGGAAAUUUUUAAGAGAAUUUCGGAGCAGUUUACAGCCAUGUUUAGACGUAAAGCUUUCUUGCAUUGGUACACCGGGGAAGGUAUGGACGAGAUGGAAUUUAUGGAGGCAGAAUCCAACAUGAAUGACCUUGUUUCUGAGUACCAACAGUACCAGGAUGCAACUGUGGAGGAUGAAGUAGAUGAUUUUAAUGAAGAGCUAGAAGAAGAGGAAGAAUAUUAAUGUAUAAAGUAUAUUUUGUUUGAUUACAGAUAUAAAUUUAGAGUUUGAAA